GCAGUCCAUCACAUGUCGUUUUCCUUGAACAUGUGCGUGAGCGCUGAUGCUGCUCACGGGCUGUUGCCAUUUUUCGUAAUGCUGAAGGCACGGGAGCGAACCCCCCUGGGUAAUAAGCAUUUCGGACAUUUCAAUUUUGAUAAAUUUAUGCCCUCUGGAUUAAAAGAUCCACAAGAAGUUCGUCCAAAUACUUUCCAAGUGGAUUUAUUGUAGGACGCGCCUUAGGGUCAGCAUGAGUGCGUCUCUGGUCCGCAAGGGGCUAGAGCUUUUCAGCGACGACUUAGCAACUGAGUCCGGUUCAGGUUCAUCAAAGAAGAAACCAUCUGCUUUGCUGGCAACAACAAACAAGACAGAACUGAAGAAGCUGAGAAGAAGGGAGAACAAGAAAAAGAAUGGCAGUGGUGCUCCUCUGACUGUCAAAGGGAAGAAGUACAAGUCUGCAUUGGAUGAGUACAACAAACAAAAGCCUAAAGAUAACACCAAAGAUGCAAUAAAAUUUCUCAACCUGCUGAGCAGCAAGAAGACUAGCACAAAGGUUGUUGAACAGGUUUCCGAGUACCAGCAGCGGCGGUCCGUGAAAAAGGUCCAACAAGAUCAGCAGAAGAAGAAACAGAAGGAAGCCAAGUCGUGCUUCUCCGAGGAGGACUUUGCGCGGUUCGAGCGCGAGUACUUUGUGGGACCGCGGCGCCGGUGAUCACGUGACCUUGGCGUCGGUGAUCCAUGCUCCUAGGUGUGAAUUUGAUGCCAGUGGUUGUCGGUAAUUUGCCUCAUUGUCUCUUGAGCGCUCAGCUAGGCGCUGGUGAGGGCUGUGCUCUGUGAACCUCACAGUAAAUUCGAGGGUAGAAGUGCUGCUGGUGCCAUGAGUUGUGUGCAGACGUUCGCUCAUUGACACGGAACUCGCAACAUCGCGUCAAGACGUUCCUGGUUCCCCUGACAUUGUGAUCUGCACAAUCUGACGAAAGUCACGCCCUCAGCGAGGAUCGAACCGUCGACCGUCGUGUCUGGCCAUGUCGCGCUGGUGCGUGGCCGCCGUGUCGGGCGCCACGUGCAGCGGGAAGACCACCAUCGCGCGGCGGCUGCACGCGUCUCUGGCCGGCUCGCGGCUCAUCAGUCAGGACGACUACUUCCUGCCCGAGUCGGACCCCCGCCACCGCCUUGUGCCCGGCCUGGACCACUUCAACUGGGACACCCUGUCCGCCCUGGACAUGGACCGGCUGCUGGCCGACGUCACCGCCCUCACCGCCACCUCCCCGCCCGGGAUACUCAUCCUGGAGGGAUUCCUCGUGCUCAACGAUGGGCGCGUGCGCCAGCGCUGCGACGCGCGCGUGUUUGUGACGCUGGACCGGGCCACCUGCUGGCAGCGGAGGCAGCGGCGGGUGUACGAGCCGCCCGAUGUGCCCGGCUACUUUGACGCCUGCGUGUGGCCGAUGUACGAGCAGCACGAGGCUGCGCUCCGCAGAGAGGCAGAGGCAGAGGUGACCUUUCUGGACGGACGGAGGCCUAUUGACGAGCUCUGCCGACUGGUGGAGGCCGAGGUGGAUAAAGCACGUGUCAGCUGUGGCCUGGAAAAGGCGGCUCCGCCCGGUGGAGGUGGGGAUUAGGAGUGAGCACGAGGUGAUGUCACAACGCCAGUCUAUGACCGCUUUAUGAUAAGCAUGCGGUUUAGUUAUGCUGUUGUUAUGCAUCUCAAUCUAGACCGUAGAAAUGGGGACAUACGAGCAAGCGAGUAGCCGAGGAGUGCUUGCCAUAUUAGUUUAAGCUCGUUGGAUUUUCAGUGAGUAGCAAUGCAUUCACGUCUGAGGUUUUCGCGGUAGCUCUGAUCAAGCCCUGGUGGUCGUUGCAGAGCCGUGACUUGUGAUCACUAUGUCGGGACGUCUGCUAUUCAUUCCGUGCACUGGAUAGACAUGGCUAUCAUGUGAUGGAUCUGGCGGCCUCUUAAAAUAUAUGCUUUUCCAAGAU